AUGUCUAUCGAGGAGGAUCCGUUGUUUCCAACUGGUAGUAGCAUUGGCAAUGGCCGCUGUGCCGACUCCAGACAAAGUUAUCGAAUUGCGCUAAACUUAAAGGCAGUCAUUGAUAGGGUGAUUCCGACUAUCUUCGAUGAGAAGGAGAUUGUGAAUCCUCACCUGGCUGUGCUUAACCCCAAAGUGAUUCGCCUUAUUUAUCGUUGUGCUGGUGGAAAAGGUAAUGGUGCUGCUGGUACAACUUCGUAUAAGUACCGGGCAGCUCUUGUUUUUGCCUUGUUGAAGGUCACUGGGUGGUACUGGCAACAAGCUGAAUAUAGACUUUCAGACAAUGAACUAUACUCAUUGAGGGCGAUUGCUGCACAGUCUUUGGCGGUUAAUAUUAUCGAGGAAACGAAGGAUGACGAGUACUUGUUCUUGAGAAUGCUUUGUCACCGUUAUCUGAUGAAGAUAGGAGGCCAAGAUUGCGACCCUGUCAGUGCUCUAGAAUUGGCAGUGGAUAUGCAUCUGACUAUAGUAAUUGGCUGCUCAGGCUAUCAACGAUGCAUGAAGUGGUUAUGGAGAGGCUGGAUUAUGCAAUCGUCUACCGACCCUCAUUCCUAUGUGCUUUACAAAGGUGUUGCGUCUCAGUCUAUCAGGACACACUUUGAUCCGGAUAGAAUCAAAACACCGGCGUAUCAAAACAAGAUUGAGAUUGCGUUUAGUGUGCUAUACUUGAUCUUCUACACAAUCAUUUUGAAUACUCAUCAAAUCGUGACAACUGACGUUGAUGUUUUUGAGGGUUUCUUCUAUGCGUUUACCUUGGGCUCGAUCAUUGACGAGCUUACAAAACUAUACCAUGUGGGCUGGAACUAUUUGGGUUUUUGGAAUGUGUUCAACGACGUCAUGUACUCGAUCAUAGUCAUUGCCAUUGGGUUUCGUUUCGCAUCUCUCAGACAUACCGGUCUUUACAGAGAAAAAUACGAUGAGAUCAGUUUCCGUGUGUUGUCUUGUGCCUCACCCUUGAUGUGGUCCCGCCUUCUUCUAUACUUGGAUGCCCAGCAGUUUGUGGGAGCCAUGAUCGUUGUCAUCAAGACGAUGAUGAAAGAAUCUAUUCUAUUCUUCGUUUUGCUUGGUGUAGUGAUUUUGGGCUUUUUAGAAGGCUUUUUGGGCCUUGAUGCAUCAGAUGGAAAAAGCGAGGCCACCAAACAUAUUUUGACUUCAUUGGUGAAUGCUGUUAUUGGUGCCUCUGGCUUCAAUGAUGUCGAGAAUCUCGUCCCACCAUAUGCACUGGUAUUAUACUAUAUUUACUCAUUUGUUCUUCAAGUCAUAUUGAUGAACAUUCUAGUUGCAUUAUAUUCCACAGCUUACGCUGCAAUUGUGGAAAACGCCACAGACGAGUAUUUCGCCUUGGUGGCUCAGAAAACGUUACGUUACAUUCGUGCCCCAGAUACAGACUUGUAUGUCCCACCGUUCAACUUGAUCGAGUGGAUCAUUUUCCCGCUUUACUACGUGGUGUCCAAGCGUACAUACAAGUACAUCAACAGAGUGGUGAUGACGAUUGUCUACUCACCUAUGCUUUUGUACAUCACUAUUGAUGAGCUUGCUAAUGCUCGAAGAGUCCAGUACAAUCGCUUCAAGGGUCUUCCCGAUGAUGCUAAUGAAAUCGACACCGAGUGGGACAUGACAGACGGAUACGAUGUAGACUUGUUGGUAAUGGGAGACAGCGGAAUCGAAACGAGAGAUGAUGAAGUGAAUGUUGAGCUCAGAGAGCAACGCGUUGCAGAAAACAAGGAUCCGGAAUUUGCUGCAGACUUCCCAUCCUUACUGAAAGACAUCGAACAAGUGAUUCCGCCGGUUGAGAAAGCCAACGAGAGAGGCAUAAAGUGGGAGCAAUACGCAUUAUACGAGAAGCUUGACCAUCUAUCAAGCAUAGUCGGCAAUCUUGUGGAGGAAAACAAGAAGCUUCGGGAAAGGCUUGACAAGAAAAAUGAUGCCUGA